AUGGACUUGGGGAACUACAGCACCAUCACGGAGUUUAUCCUCCUUGGGCUCUCUGCCAAUCCCCACGUCCAGGCUGCACUCUUUGUGCUCUUCCUGGGGAUUUACCUGCUGACCAUCAUGGGGAACCUGAUGCUGCUGCUGGUGAUCAGGAUUGAUUUUCACCUGCACACACCCAUGUACUUCUUCCUGAGUCACCUCUCUUUUGUCGAUAUCUGCUUCUCUUCAGUCACUGUGCCCAAGAUGCUGGAGAACCUUCUGUCUCAAAAGAAAACAAUAUCAGUAGAGGGCUGCCUUGCUCAAGUCUUCUUUGUGUUUGUUGCUGCAGGAACUGAAGCCUGUCUGCUUUCUGCAAUGGCCUAUGACCGCUAUGCUGCCAUCUGCCACCCUCUGCUAUAUGGACAGAUCAUGAGUAAACAGCUGUAUAUGCAGCUUGUGUGGGGCUCAUGGGGACUGGGCUUUCUGGAUGCACUCAUCAACAUCUCCCUAGCUGUGAAGAUGGUCUUCUGCAAGGCCCAAAUCAUCCCCCACUACAGCUGUGAAAUGCCCUCUCUCCUCUCACUGUCCUGUUCCGAUAUCUCCAGCAACCUCAUUGCCUUGCUCUGCUCCACUCUUCUACAUGGACUCGGAACCUUCCUUUUGGUCUUCUUAUCCUACACCCAUAUAAUCGCCACCAUCCUGAGCAUCAGCUCCACCUUAGGCAGAAGUAAGGCCUUUUCCACCUGCUCCUCCCACCUCAUCGCAGUGACCCUUUACUAUGGCUCAGGUUUGCUCCGCCAUCUAAUGCCAAAUUCAGGUGCGCCCCUUGAGCUGAUCUUUUCUGUGCAGUAUACUGUAGUCACUCCCAUGCUGAAUCCUCUCAUCUAUAGCCUGAAGAACAAGGAGGUGAAGGCGGCUCUGGCAAGAACUUUGGAAAAGUAUUUGCAACAUAUCAGGUGCUGA